AUGAGCUACACCCUCUACGACGCUGCCAUCCUCCACACCAAGGAGGCUCUGAACUCCCUCUCCAACAUCCUCAAGAAGGCCGAGUCUCACGCCAAUGCCUCUUCUUUCCCCAAUGCCAAGCUGGCCCCCGACAUGCUCGACCUGAACUUCCAGGUCUUCUUCACCGUCGACACCGCCCAGAAGAUCGUCGCCCGCACUACCGGCACUGAGCCCCUCAGCCUGUCCCGCGACGAGUGCACCAACUUCGAGCAGUACCACGCUCUCAUUGCCAAGGCCCUCGACGUUAUUGAGAAGGCCGACAAGGAGCUCGUUGAGAAGCGCGCUGCUGAGGUCGUCACCAUUGGCCUCGGACCUGGAAAGAGCGCCGACAUGAAGUGCCGUGACUACGUUCAGGGUUACGGCAUUCCCAACGUCUUCUUCCACCUUACCACCGCCUACGCUAUCUUGAGAAAGGAGGGUGUUGAGCUGGGCAAGCAGGACUACAUUGGUGCCUUCAUGGGCCAGUACCUCCAGUAA